AUGGACCCCCUCAUCUCCAAGGGAUGCCGGUCCUUAAACACUGAGAUUUUGAUGCUACGACGAGAAAUCGAAGAAUGGGAGGAUAAAUUCGAGGCUCGCGUCAGCGAGGAGGUAGCAUGGAGGACGGAGAUUGAAAGCGAUCUGAAGGCUAAGAUUGUCUUCUUGGAGGACCAGCUCGAAGGAUAUGCGUGUCGGAUUAAGGAACUCGAACGUGCACGGGAGCUGCAGGCGCAGAAGCUGCGGAGGGCGGAAUCAUUGAGGUCGACAAAUCGCAACUUGGAGAGACGUAUAGAUGUCUUGACUCAGUUACUCGCGCAGCCUCUUGCAAAGCCAGAUCGUCGGAGCCCACCCCUGUCGCCGAUGCGGAGUCCUGGUCCUCGUCUGUCGAGGCCAAAGUCCAUGCUUCUCUCUCCGCCUCUGCGGACGGAGAGUUUGCCUCGUGCUGCUGAUAACUUUGCGGAAACAGGUCGGGAAAUUACUGCGUCAAAUUUCGUGCCGGAUGAUUCUGCCAUGACUUCAUCCUCAAUGUCGUCCAAGUCGCAGUGGUCUUCUGUGUCCCGAUUGUCGUCGGCCUCGUCCCAGUGGAGCAUGCCGCUUCCUUUACCCUUCGAAUCACAGGGAAGAAAACCGGCAAGACAUGUAAGUAUGCGCACAUUCGCUUCUGGGACUUGCGCUCUGAAGCCAUUGAUUUUACCUUCGGCUGCAAGACCACAUCCUGAAUAUGGCCGGGGACAACUCUCUCCACAUGACGAUCACCAUUCGCACUCGUUCACGCCAAAUCCGGAUGGGGGUUUUCUCGAUGGUGCCGGCAAUUAUGGUGCAUGCCGUACUCGAGAAGACACGCUAGCGGGCCGGCCACGUCGAUAUCGGAAGUAUAGUGAAACGAUUGUGGAAUCCAGAGACAAUUUGUCGGACGCGCUUCCGUUCGAAAGGUCCACUGGAAGAAGUCGUUACUCCCAAAUGCUACAAACGUCUGGCAUAAGCAAUAAUCGGUCGUCCUUCACAUUAUUCUCGCCGGUUGAAGAGACAGCAGGGCUUGGUAUCCACCCGGAAUCGCAGCGUGGGCAGAAGUAUCAUUCUUCCCGUACCACGUCUGACCCGCGAAUACAGGUCGAACCUGAUCGCCUCAGCUUCUAUGCAAGGAGAUCCAACAAUUACAGGCCAUCCAAGGCACAUGGCCGGACGUAUAGUCUGUCAAGGAGUCAUCGAGCAGCCAACCAAAAACCGAAAUUGGAUAUCUGCAGGGCUCGUCAGGGUCUUCUACAGCGGCCGAAAACUGCCAUUUACAAGACAGCCGGCAGAGUUGUGGCAAAUAUCUGCCGAGUGAGCAUUACACGAUUUCAGAAUUUCUCUUGGUCACUGCUCCGCGUUCUUCUGGGACCACAAUAUCUGGAUGAAUGGCAAAGGACAUCUUUGUUGACGACCAGGUCCCUAAGUCUUGCCGCUGCUCUUGUGGUGACAACACUGGAUACAAGCCCUUGGAGUCGACCGAUGGGUUUCGUCGAGACUACUACUCGGUCCUUCCCAUCCCUAAGGGGGUCGUCUCCAUUGGCUACGAUAUAUUCUUGUGGACGGAAUGCCAUGGCGUCUUGA